CAAAGACUCACUCUGCUCCUCGGUCACACGGUCUUCACUCCAUGUAGUGCGCUCUCGGUCUCCACGGACGCUCCGCUGUCUGGAUAUCGCAGCCUGUUGUUAUUUCAUUGGAUUAUAUUCUUCUGAUGGUUUUCAACUCCAACUCGAUGUAUAGAAAUGGGUAAACUGCACUCGAAGCAUGCCACUAUUUGUAAACCGAGGGAGAGUCCAGAAGGCGACAGCUUUGUUGUGAAUGCCUGUUUGGCGAAAAAGGGAGUCGACGACUGGCUCGUGAAGCAGAAAUACUACUGCACGAGCUCUAGCCUCGAGCAACAGGACUGUCACCACAAGAGUAACUGCGGACUGACUGCACGGGACUCAUUGGUUGAUGCGUGUGGUGAGGGGAUCAUUGAUGAACACUAUCGUUUAGAAGUGGCUCUACCCCCGGAGAAGACAGACAGCUGCUGCGUGGAGGAGAAGAUGCAGGAGAGGGACAGCCGGUCUCCCGCGGGGCCACAGAAACAGCUCCAGUUUGAAGAGCUGGAGUGUGCUGUGUCUGUGGAGGAGGACAACAGACAGGAGUGGACCUUUACCCUCUAUGAUUUUGACAACAAUGGCAAAGUUACUCGAGAGGACAUCACCAGCCUGCUCCACACCAUCUACGAGGUGGUGGACGCCUCGGUCAACCACUCUCCUGGCAACAGCAAGACUUUGCGGGUCAAGCUCUCCGUCGCUCCAGACUCAAGCCAGCGGUGGAGGAGCUGUGCUCAGGGUGCCACAGACAUGUCCCACUCCAGGGAGAAAAAUGACAAGUGCAUCGAUGAUCUCAAGAGUGCGGACAAGAAGUCUCGAGCGCUCCUCAGGCGCCACCACAGCGACCACCACACCCAGUCUGGCUGCCAGCGCCACUGUGUGGACGAGAACCUGGAACGCAGGAACCACUACUUGGACCUGGCAGGCAUUGAAAACUACACGUCCCGCUUUGGAGCUGGGACAGGUCCUGCUGCAGAACCAGCAAAGGUAGAGGCUCAGGCUCGCUCAUCCAACCAGGCUCGUUCUCGCUCACAUGAACCAGAAAACGGACACCCCCACUCACACCACCGCCGGCUGCAGUCGGCUGUGGACACUCCUGCUGCAGAGAGCCUUCACCCAGCCCGGCCCAGAGGCCAGGACUCCGGGCGGCAUGGCAUUCGCUCUCCGAAGACUCACAACCGCACACCCCCUGCACAGAACAGUGGGAGGGUGAUGAGGAGUCGAGGCGCCCCGCCUCCGCCGGCUCUGCCCUCCCAGACUACCCCUCAUCAGUCGGCAGCCCCCUACCGUAAACACAAACAGCGAUCCAAAGAGAGCCAAGGCUACCGGGCCUUAGGCUCUCUUGGCUCUCCAGGACCUAUAGUGGAGAAAGAGCAGGUCAGGGACCUCCCAAGUGUGUUGCUGUAUGAGGGUGGACUGGCACAAGUGGUGCAGCGGCAUGAACAUCACCACCACCAUGAACACCAUCACCACUACCACCACUUUUACCAGUCCUGAAGCUCUGGCCUGCCUGGGAUGACUCAACGCCCCUGCAUUACCACAGAAAACAACCAGGCCAGCAGACUCUGACUGCAGCGCUGCACCUGGCAGCACAGGCACAGGACAUGGGGAGGACAUGAGGGCGACGGCCAGCGUGUGCCAGGGCUGGAAUGUUAAGUAACCAGUGCUAUAAAAAUGUUGGUCUGACAUACAGAAGCUUUGGUAUGCAGUAGGACAGUGAGUAAAAGCCCAUGUUGAGUAGCUGGACUGAAAAUCACAUGAAGGCUCAGGAGGCAACCCGGUUCAGACCCGCUGACCUGUAGAUCAUCAGACCAGCAUCCCAACACUCCCCAGACCACUAAGUCAAAAGGAAGAGGAGGAACACGACGAGGAAGCUGUGACUGUAAUACAAAAAUAUAUGAAGGAAUAUGGGCGACGAGCAAUUUGUGAAAAAUUUGUGUCUAAAACAGAAUGACGGUGUGCGCACGUCUGAGCGUCACGACACUGGUGUGUGUUGGAAACCACUGAAAGUGUGCUCAGAAUUUAAAGCAAGCUCCCCAGCAUAGUUUUGAAGAAAAUAAAAUAACCCGUAAUACACUGUAGGCAUAAAGGGGGAGGAAAACUUUGAAACAGUAUAAUUUAUCCCAGAUCCGCUUCUACCUCUGUUUUUUAUCCGAAUUGUUGUUCUGAUAGAAACGUUAAACAAGCAUUCAUUUUCAAAAUCACUUUUAAACUUUGUUGAAUGAAGAUAAAUCAUGUCACAAACUGCAGCUCUGAAAACUAGAAAGCCUCCUCUGAUUUAUGAACUAACAUUUGCUGUACAUAAGGUAUUUAUACUGUCAUCGAUUUUAUAAGCUUUAUUCAUGUAUUCAUUGUGGAAACUACAUUUUUAUUAUGACCACUAGGAACUUCAGUAAAACAUGUAAUUGAACCCUGUCUCAGAUUUCCAUUAAUUUCCUCUCUGUUCUAACUUUUACACCUAACUAACAGAGUGAUGUCUAUUACUCUAAUCCAAAAGCCGGGAUGUGGAACCAGUCUUCCAGACCCGUUGCACAGAUUUGCUUAAAUUGGACUGCGUUUACCGUAAUCUUAUUCUGUUAGAGGGUGAAGUUUUCAUCAGUCCAGAUAAAGUUUGACUUAUGUGUCAUUCUCUUUUGUCUUCACAUAUUGUUUUUAUUCAGCAUGCAGAAUGUUGGCACGCUGCAUUUUGGUAUCCCCCCCUGACGCCGUGUCCCAUGAUCUCCUAGCUGCUCCCUCUGUUUCCACCCCAUCAGCCUGCACCACGGCUGUCAGCAGGUCUUUAGCUGCGCCGCCAUGUGUCCUCACUGCUCAGCUGACAGAGCUCUGUUUGUGAUGUGGCGGGACGAUGUCUCUCUCAGCUGUCUCAUUCCUCUGGUGCCGAUUAACCCUGGAGCCCGGCUUGCAGACUCCACUGAGCCCAUAACUCAUAUCUCACGACUACUGCCAUGCUGGCAGUAGGAACGUUCAUCCCAUCCCAGUUGCCCUAAAAAAUAGAUGUUGAGGGUACCCUCGCUUUCAAAGAAUAUGUUGCUGUAACUUAUUUGUGCAUUGAUUUUUGCUCUUUUAGGCACAUCUGAGUGUCAUAUUAGCAAAAAAAUAAAUAAUAAUAAAGAUAAUCACACACUUUUAUUUUUUCACAUUUUGUCAUGCUGCAGACACAAACUUAGGAUGUCCUGUAAUGAAUCAACACGCUGUGCAAUUGGAAGGUGGAGGGAAAAGGUUAGAGUCUUUACAAACACAGGCCACUGAAUCAACUUUUCUAAGCAAUCGCCAGAGUACCACAGGAGAACCCACACAUUUUUUUUUUUUUACCUUUAUAUUACCAGGAUAAAAAAAUCCUACUGAGAUUUAAGUUUUAAAACAGUUGCAUCUGAUGCAAGUUCCUUACCAGUCAGGAAAGCUGGCAGCCAUUAUUAUCAAGCAAUAAUGGCUGCAUAUUUUUCAUGGUAAAAAGCUCACAUGACAUAAAAUAUAACCACCUGGCUAAUAAUUUGUUCUUGCCCCCUUUGAGGUGAAAGCACUCCUGGCCCAUUGAGGCAUGGACUCCUGACCCAUGAAGGUAACCUGUUGGUGUCUUGCACCAGGAUUUUACAGAUGGAGAUCCUGUAAGCUCUGUAAAAGGUCAGGUCAACAUCUCAAAGUUUUUUUCAGUUCACCGUUUAAGGCAUUUACAUACUUGGAGAGUUUUGCCUUGGAGAGUGAUGGUUUUUAGAUAUUUUAAGGCGAGUAACAUCGUAAUACAUCAAAGUCUUAUGUGUUUCACUGAUAUUGGUCCAAACUAAGUCAGCUGAGAACAGAAUAACUUUCAGUCCAGAAGAUAUUCCAGAACAUAAUGUGGAUUAUAUUUGGUAUAUAGUUGUCUUUUGUCACUUUUAUGAUUUUUUAGUGCACUUAUUUUUUUUGGAAACUCUUGCUUUUUCAAAUGUCAAGUUAUGAAAAGCUUGCAUACUUCAGCAGUUAAAUUAAGAGGGCCGUAUUAGGAUACAUUUUUGCUGUGCCCAUGUAAAUUGUUAUUUUUGUGUUGCUGGAACACAAUGCAUUAUGUUAAAUAAUGGAUUAACUUUGAACUUCCCCACUAUCAAAUAUGAAAGCUUAAAAACUAAAAUGAUAAAUUAACAAAGAACACUGUGAUAUUGACUUUAAUGUGGGGAAAUGAGAAACUGCCAUAAUGUGUCCUGUUUGUUUUGUUUCCAGCUGAUAUGCAGAGAGCUUUGAAGUGUGGAUUGGCACAGCAGGGUGUUAGCUUCUGCAAAGGAAGGAUGCUAAAUGUUAAGGGAUCAGGGGGACAUGAGAUAGUCUCUUACCAAUAUAGACUGAAAAAGGUUGAAGAAAAAAAAAACAAAGCAAAUCCAGUGAUAAGAUACAUCUGUUCCAGCGAAUUUAUGAGCCUUUAACGCUUAUUUCCUUCCAUGCUGGAUAAGUGGCUCCCUUUCUGCAGAGAAUCUUAGAACUUCAAAGCAGAUUUGCUUUGGAUAAUGCAAAUGAUCAGAAUACGCUGGUUCCAGCCUACUCAAGAACAUGAAAAGGAAGAGUGGGAAAGAGAAAAUUAAAACUAAUUGCUGUGGCUGCCUUUUAUGUGUGGAAAGAAGGGCAGAAAUAAAAUACUUCAAUUAUUGUCAAGUUCAUACGAUUAGGAAAUAAGCUGACAAAGUGCUAAAUUUCAGUGUUUCUGACCCAGUAGCCGUUUACAUUAAAUGUUCCUUUGAGCUGCCACUUGGUUCUUGCUUAUAUCUGAUGAAAUUAUAAUUAACAGGAUUAAAUUCAGCCUAUAAUCCUCAUGCUGAUACUGGUGAGACAGACUACUUCUAAAUCUGUUUUGGACUAUGGCUUGUAUUCUCUGAUUCAUAUGCCAUUUAGAUGAAUCUGUUGAAACUCUCUUUACUUUGUAACUGAAUAAUUGUUUGCUCAGAGAUCAAAUGGCCCCAAAGACAACCUAAUUUGUAUUUAAAGGUGACCUAUGCUUCCUUAAACAAGUUAGGAUAGGUCUAUGGGGUAUACAAAACAUAUUCAUGAUAUUUUUUGAACAAAAUCAUUCUUAUAGAAUGAAAUUUUAGCCUGCUCAGUUCUGCCUAUUUUGAGCUUUUUUCAGAAUUAAUUGUUUGGGUCUCUUGCCACUUUAGAUCCAAAAGAAUUGCUCCUUGCCACGCCCUCCCAACUCAAUUCAUGUGAAUAUGACUGCAAACAGAUGUGCAAUUAUAUAACCGUACAUCUUUGAAAAGCAGAAGGAGAGCCUUCCGCACAACCAACAAGAAUGAAGCAAGUGCUUUCUGAAUAGUGAGUCGACAACAAAAUUCUUGUCUUUUUCAGUAGCCAUUGAACAGUGCAUACAGUGGAAAAACCAGCUGAUCAAACGUGCUGGGGCUCAACUUGGGUUGCUAAGUGAUGGAUGGAGCUCAGCUUGGGUUGCUAGGUAAUGGGCUGGGCUUUUCUGGGUUUGCUAGGUGAUGGGCAGAGCCUGCUGAUUUGUGACAUUACAUUCCAGAGGUUCACCAAGAAACAUGAACCUAUUGCCAAAAAUCAGCUGGGUGUUUUAUUUUUUAAGCACUUAGCCUGUUUUUAGAAGCAGUAUAAACCCAAAUGGCAAUACAAAAAAGUACAAAAUGUGAAUUUUACAUCCCCUUUCUAAUCCAAAAUGACAAAUGAGGAAAUGGAUCAGUACUUUUUUCUUUUUUCUUUUGUUAUUCUUGAGGUAAGUUGCUUUGUAUUUUAAACUCCAGAUAGACAAGGUUUAUUCCAUGGAUACAUCAUAGUAGACUUUACUUCCUGUUCAUGCUGGCACUGAAAGUCACUAUUCAAAUUUGCUACUAGGCAGCUGUUUUCCUUUGCACUUAAGGUGAAUAAUAGCUAACAUUUUAAUAUUGUUUUAAAAUAAGCAUUGCAAUAUUGUAAACUGCUGGAUGUUAUGUGAAUGUUAGGAUGUGUUUAUGAGGGCUUCAUGUACAGAAAAAAGGCAUUCAUGUAAGAUUUCUCUGCAUUUAUAUUUUUAAUACCUAUCAGAAUUGCUUUUCAACAGAAAAAAAAAAAUUUAGUUAUUUAUCCAGUAAGAUUUGUAAAAAUUUGGCAUUUACAGCUUCAAGUGUUCUGAGGUAUGUUCUACCAAGCAAACUAAUCUUUCGUCCCUCCCCACCCCGUUAACUGAACAUCCUGAGUAAAAAUUAAUCAAGUGUCAAACCUUCAUAUAAAUCAAAAUUCAAACUAUAUGAAUAACUCUUUGAAUUUGAAUAUGGAAUAAAAUUUCCUGUACAGUAA